AUGGCAUCUGUUUUCUGGCCAUGCGAUGUCGCAAGGAGCGGGUUCUGCUACGGGUGGGAUCAUCCUGCAGUAUGUGUAGCGGGUGUGCUAGAGGUCAAGGAGGAGUCACAUGCAGACGCUCUUCUCCAACGUGUCGCUCGUUCCGCGGAAGGUCAAGCCCUGACUAAAAAUUGUGGUAAUCCACGCGUUCUCGGCCGUUGUGCAUUUAGCUCGCUCGUGCGGUCUUCAUAUCCCCAACCGGAUAUCGAAAUGGCAUACUCUACUGCAUAUAUAUACUAUCAUCGUCAUGAUGCAACAUCCUUGCGAUUUUAUGCUUUGUGUUCGAAUGGAACACGCCUUUUCGAUCUUCAGGAUGAGGUCUUGCGCUCGAGCUUGAAGCACGAUUUUUCGCAUACCAAGUCGUCGCGAAGCGCGUCGAAUACAGGGCAAAUUCUUGUCAAUCAAUGGAAUUCUGCAAAAUCCCUCGAGCAAUCCCUAGAGUAUGAGCAGCGCGCCCAGGGUACUAUUCGAGAGCGCAGCCCUCGCUUUCAAGAGCCUUCAACGUUUGCGGCUAUUAUGAAGAAAAUUCAAUGUACAAUCGACGGAAUCGAAAGCUCGAAGAAUAUUUUCUGGCAUGUCGCAUCCUUUGUCUUUGUGUCGUCGAGAGAAUUCAGUAUCGUAGUUCAGCAGAUUGAAUCUAGGGCGAGGAAGUUGUGUCGCUUGCUCCGUGGCGUGCAACCUGUCCCAAACGGGGACGCGGAGCUCAAGUCUUCUCAGUUUUACAACACCCUCUGGAUCAUUCUGAAUGAUCUCAUCAUUGGCAUUGCGCUUCGUCAGUUUUUGCAUCAGGACCGGCAUGUUUUUAUGCACCUUUUCAAGCUCAUUUUUGAGGACAAGGCCGUGCAUAAAAUACGACAGGUCCUUCUGUGGCUCGAUAGUUGGCCUGCUGGCCUUAAGCUCAACACCGAACUCAGCCGAUUUUAUUCGCACAGCUUUAUGGGGCUGAUUUCGCUUUGGAACAGAGGCUUCCAAACCGUCAUACCUCUCCUUCCCAUAGUAUUCAGUGCCCUUGAGCUUGGGAGCGCGUUUGGGGUGACGAUGACGCUCGCUAUGCUGUGCUAUUUGAUCUCGGUGACUGUAUAUGGUCAUUUGUUACGCUUGGCGGCGUCGCUUUGGAAUCUUUUUCGAGGACGACGACAUAAUGUACUAAGGAAUCGGACGGAUCCUUGGGACUAUGAUGUCGACCAGCUCCUGCUGGGAACCAUUCUCUUCACACUCGUCGCUUAUCUCUUUCCCACCGUUUUAGUGUACUAUAUCUUAUUCGCCACAAUGCGUGUCUCGACUAUUUUGGUGUAUGCUAGUUUGGAGACAGCGCUUGCAUUCAUGAAUUAUUUUCCACUCUUUGCGUUGAUGUUGAGAGUCAAAGAUUCACAACGGUCACCUGAGCCAUCCAUUGCCUCUUUCUGUCACUUUCAGCCAGUAUGUCGAGCUGUGGAAGCGAUUGGCAAAACAUUAUCACCCAUUUCGUCUUGUGUGGUACGUUAUGUCGGGUCAAGUUCUCGAUACCAUCCCGAGGGCAUAUAUACAUAG